CAGCCUGCAGGAAGAGGAAGAAGGGUGCAGUUACACAGGUUAAACCUGGCUGUAUCGUACAAACACACUCUUGUUUCACCCAUAUAUAUAUACACACACACACAGUGGCUUGCGAAAGUAUUCACCCCAAAGGGCUGUGGUUUGGGGGGGUUUGUAUCAUUUGAUUUACAAAACAUGCCUACCACUUUGCAGAUGCAAAAUAUUUUCUAUUGUGAAACAUACAAAAUAAUCUAACAUGAGCGUGCAUAACUAUUCACGGUUUUAAUGGUGCUCCAAAGUUUCAGAUUUUUUUUUUUACCUUUAACUAGGCAAGUCAGUUAAGAACAAAUUCUUACUUUUAAUUAUGGCCUAGGUUAACUGCCCGUUCAGGGGCAGAAUGACAGAUUUGUACCUUGUCAGGUCGAGGGUUUGAACUUGCAACCUUCUGGUUACUAGUCCAGCGCUCUAACCACUAGGCUACCCUGCCGCCCAAAUUAUAUAACCCAACCCUAAUCUGUACUUCUCCAUAACUUUGUCCCUGACCUGUUUGGCGAUCUCCUCCAAACAGGAGCGGCAGCUUGCUUGGUGGUGUUGCAGACUCUGGGGCCUUUUAGAACAGGUGUGUUUAUACAGAGAUCAUGUGACACUUAGAUUGCACACAGGUGGACUUUAUUUAACUAAUUAUGUGACUUCUGAAGCUAAUUGGUUGCACCAGAUCUUAUUUAGGGGCUUUACAGCAAAGGUGCACACACCACUUUUCUGUUUUUUUUUUAGUUUCCCUUCACCAAUUUUGACUUUUUUGUGUAUGUCCACUACAUAAAAUCCAAAUAAAGAUCCAUUUAAAUGACAGGUUGUGGUGAGUACUUUUGCAAGGCACUGUAUACAUUUAUUCUAGUUCUGAGGUUUCACCAGCCAUCAUGCUUCAGGCCUAUGUGUUCUGAUGAAUGCCUGUGUCUGUAUUGCCUCUGUAUAGGUCAUAUGCGGCAGUUGACAAAUGGUCCGACCAACUGAUGGACUACCUACAUAACCUGGGUCUCAACACUACAUCAGCCUGGGAGAACAGGACGGCAUGGAGAGACCGAUGUCGAGGUGCUCCGCACCUUUCCAAUGAAAGGCGAAGGCGAGGUGUGAGGAGGCUGGUUUCUGCUGCACCGGCUGUGACCCCGUUGUGCAUCAGUAAGGGAUGGAGAGCUGACCGUUCGUAUGGCACCUGCUAUUGCGACCAGGCUUGUACCUCUACCCUGGACUGCUGUCAUGAUUAUGAACUAGCCUGCCCAGCGGUGUCCUGUGUGGUGAGUGAGUGGAGUGCAUGGUCUGGCUGUGCUGAGCCCUGCAGGGCCACACUUCGGAUGAGGAGCAGGCAAGUCCUGCAGGAGGGGGAACCCUGUCCGCACGUAGAGGAGCAUGCCGGCUGUGCAGAGUACUGGGACCGCCGGCAGUGCAGUAAAUCACUGGUACCGGCUCUCAUCACUACCGGUGGCUAUGGCAACGCCAGGAAGAAGAGAGACAUUCCUGUCAACAAUGAUGAUGAUGUCACAGGGCACUGUGUGCAGUUCCAGCUGACCUCCCUGACCCAUUGGUGCCAGCGUAGUGUGGGGCCACACACCCGCUGGAUGCAGUACCUGAAGGAGGGCCACCAGGUGUGUGUGGAGUGCCAGCCUCCUGCCCUCGCUGCCGGGCAGAGACACUGCACUGGAGACUGUGAGGAGGAGAGAUUUGAUCUCUCUCUCCCUCCCCCCUCUCUCAGUGGCAGGCAGUGGGGAACCCCAGGUGUCGUGUUGUGUGGAGGGGAGUAGACUCCUGCUCCUGUCCCACCGUUCACAGCUUCCUCUUCAUAUAACCCUGGACAGCUUCCUCUUCAUAUAACCCUGGACAGUUUCCUCUUCAUAUAACCCUGGACAGUUUCCUCUUCAUAUAACCCUGGACAGCUUCCUCUUCAUAUAACCCUGGACAGCUUCCUCUUCAUAUAACCCUGGACAGCUUCCUCUUCAUAUAACCCUGGACAGCUUCCUCUUCAUAUAACCCUGGACAGCUUCCUCUUCAUAUAACCCUGGACAGCUUCCUCUUCAUAUAACCCUGGACAGCUUCAUCUUCAUAUAACCCUGGACAGCUUCCUCUUUAUAUAACCCUGGACAGCUUCCUCUUCAUAUAACCCUGGACAGCUUCCUCUUCAUAUAACCCUGGACAGCUUCCUCUUCAUAUAACCCUGGACAACCUCCCCUUCAUAUAAUCCUGGACAGCUUCCUCUUCAGAUAAUCCUGGACAGCUUCCUCUUCAGAUAAUCCUGGACAGCUUCCUCUUCAGAUAAUCCUGGACACCUUCCUCUUCAGAUAAUCCUGAACCUCCUCUUCAUAUAACCCUGGACAACCUCCUCUUCAUAUAACCCUGGACAGCUUCCUAUUUAUUUAACCCUGGACAGCUUCCUCUUCAUACUAUCCUGGACAGCUUCCUCUUCAUAUAAUCCUGGACAGCUUCCUCUUCAGAUAAACGUGGACAGCUCCCUCUUCAGAUAAUCCUGGACAUCUUCCUCUUCAUAGAAUCCUGGACAACCUCCUCUUCAGAUAAUCCUGGACAGCUUCCUAUUUAUUUAGCCCUGGACAGCUUCCUCUUUAUAUAACCCUGGGUUACUGUCUACCUCCUCUUCAUGGACAUACAGACACAGGACAGCACAGGGAUCAGGCAUAAUCAGAAUGCCGCUCAGACAGUGUGUACAUGCAUAUGGACCAGACUGUACCAGUAUCUCCCAUAAAAAUUGGUAUGAAACCUCUGCCAACAUAUAAGUCUUGUUUAUAUGGGUGUUUUGGGUAAUUUUGUUCUCUGGUUGGACAGAAUCUUCCUUCUGAAACAUGCUAUUGUAGAUCUGCUUCUUUCCUAAGAGUAUGUAACUGUCAGUUAAAUUUGUCUUUGUAUCACUGAAAGCCUUCAAUAAUGCCUGGAAUACAUGUCUGGAGUACAAAACCAUUAAUGAAUUUGAUUUUAUUUAACUGUCAGUCAUCUAAGCGGAAUGUAAAGAAAGAUCUUGGGACAUUGAGACACUUUUUACAGGACAGGUAAACCGGAGUUGUGUGUGUGUUUCACAGCCAGUCAUGGCUCCAAAGUUACAACAUGCAUUGAUAGAACAACAGAACAUUUAUACAGAAACAACUUACAGCAUAGGAAAGACAACAGGUAGAAACAUUACAAAACUAACAGUAGCCUAGAGACUUACAAACAGUAGCCUAGAGACCUACAAACAGUAGCCUAGAGACCUACAAACAGUAGCCUAGAGACCUACAAACAGUAGCCUAGAGACCUACAAACAGUAGCCUAGAGACCUACAAACAGUAGCCUAGAGACCUACAAACAGUAACCUAGAGACCUACAAACAGUAGAAGAAGAGGUUUAACAUACACAAUUUCCCUGGAAUUUUGUAUGUUACAAUGACUGGUGGAUUCGGCAAGGUUGGAAUCAAUUCCAUCUUAUUCCAUCAUAUUCUCUUCAAAUUUCAAAUUAAAUUAUUUAAUUGAAUUCUAAUUUACCAAAGCAUUUCAAAUGGACCCCAACCCUGAAAUCUAACACAUUUCAAUUGCAUUUGGCUAAUUCCUAAUUGUACAUUUUUCAUAGCUUCUAAAAAAUUAAAAAAUUAAAAUAAAAGAAGCCACUUGAUGCUUUCUCAUUUUACAAAUCCGUUGACACCAGAAAUCCUCUUGUACAGGAACACAGUAGAAGCUAAAGGAGUGCCAGGGUUGGGAAACACUGUACUACAGGACAUUUGGAUGUUGGGUGACUUGGAGAUGGAGGAGAGGACUGAUGUAGAAAAUAGUUUUUUUAAACAUACCAGUCAGCGGUCACAGUAUACUAGUAAAGAAAUUUGACCUUGUCAGAAUAUUUUCCAGAGUCAUCCCUCCUACCAAAACAGAAAUAUAUAAAGGCUAUAAGUAGAUGCUUGACCUGUAUGUGUCUGAAUGUCUGUCCAUGACAGGAUCUAGUCAUUCUGUCCAUCCUAUGACUCUCCUUUGGAUCUUCUCUUCACAAUGCUACAAUUUAUUUCAUGUCUAUUCAUGAGGAUUUGAUUGUCAUCAUUCUUUAAAGAGAGAGUUUCCAUGAAAAAGUGGUCCCUGACCCUCACAAUAUAUUCUUACAGUGAAAGCAUGAAUUGAUGUAUGGUAAUGUAAAACAUAGGGGACAGGAACACAUAUCUCAAUGCUCAAAACCAGAACCGAGCACGAGAAGCCAGCGCUCUACAGAUGACAGCUAAUUCGACCACCGGGGCAGUCAAAGGAAGGAUUUGAAGGAGGAUUUGAAAUGCAUUGUGAACACAAUGACAAUACACUUUGUGACAUUGUACUGUAUGUUCACCCUACAGCUAAAGUCAUUCAUGUUAACAUUGUCAAACAAAGUAGAAGUCUAGUUGUAUAUCUCCUCGUUCUCUCUCUCUCUCUCUCUCUCUCUCUCUCUCUCUCACACUAACAUAUACAUACACAUGCAUGCACACCACUGUGACUGUUCAGGCCUAAACAUUAAAUAGGCUGUGAACUACUGUCAUUAAAUAGACUAUGAACUAGAGUGUUAUGUGAAGGUAGAGAUUGCCUUGAAGAGCAGAGAGAAAAACUGUAGCCAGUGAAAAAGCAGUGCUCAGUAUAUAGGCAAAUGGUCUUCCCCAGAUAUUACUGUAACACUAAUCACUGUUGAUGAUAACAGGUGCAGUCUGUAGGGCUGAAAACAACAUACACCCUCUAGAUCAUAACUAUCUCGUCCAAUAUGAACAUAUGCACACACACACACUGGAAGCAGCUCCACUUCCUCCACUAAGCAGUAACCACAGCUCUAAUCACUAGCUCUCUGCUUGGCUGAGCAGCAGUCCCUUUAGAAAUGAUCAACACACACACUUUUUCAGAGGUUCUGCCCCUUCCGCAGUCAUUGCUAUUCCUUUCACACCUCAGCUCCACUCGCUCGGAUCCAGCUCAGACAGGGACAGGAGUGAUACAUGUGACUCUGGGGAUGCAGAAUUCUCGCCUUUUCUCAGAGAGAUAUAGAGAGCAAAGGACAAACACAUGGACGUGCAAGUGGACAGUGUUGUGGAUCUGUCUAUGAUUUUAUACGAUAUCUACAGUAUGCACUGUGAUGUCUAUUAUUCAGAUAGGAUUAUCAUGGAUAUAUUCAAAACUAGGAUUGCAUUAUGCCUGUAUCUGAAUUACAGAACAAUGCAGGGGAGCUGUGGGUUCAUGAGGGAUAUUUAUCUAUGUACAUACCUGUGUACUAACUACAGUAUGUUUGAGAGUUUUCAAACUGUAUAAACGGAUGAGAAUGCAUGCAUUUUGAUACAGUCAGACUACCCACCCAAAUUAGCAGAGCUACGCAGCCCUGGUAUCAGCCUUGCCAGGAGAGAGCCUGUUACUAUGGAAACUGGGCUGGAGCUAUCGUGAAGAUGUCUGCCAUAUAAGACCUGUGUAUCAGCUGGCCUUCAAUGUAUGAAUGUCUGUGUGAAUGAAUGCAGACGCACUCAAAUAACUCUAGACUUGCUAUUCAAUCCAAACCUAUAACCAGGUUUGGUUACGUAAGCUCUUCCCUUUAUGAAUUAAUAUGCUGUUCAGAUAGCAUUCUGGAUGAAUUUAUGGCUUGUACCCAAGGACAAGGAUCUCGCUCUCAGUCUCCCCCCUCUCAACACUCAGUCCUCCCACCCUCUCUCUCAACACUCAGUCCCCCCCACCCUCUCUCUCAACACUCAGUCCCCUCCACCCUCUCAACACUCAGUCCCCUCCACCCUCUCUCUCAACACUCAGUCCCCUCCACCCUUUCUUUCAACACUCAGUCCCCUCCACCCUCUCUCUCAACACUCAGUCCCCUCCACCAUCUCUCUCAACACUCAGUCCCCCCACCCUCUCUCUCAACACUCAGUCCCCUCCACCCUCUCUCUCAACACUCAGUCCCCUCCACCCUCUCUCUCAACACUCAGUCCCCUCCACCCUCUCUCAACACUCAGUCCCCUCCACCCUCUCUCUCAACACUCAGUCCCCUCCACCCUCUCUCUCAACACUCAGUCCCCUCCACCCUCUCUCUCAACACUAAGUCCCCUCCACCCUCUCUCUCAACACUCAGUCCCCUCCACCCUCUCUCUCAACACUCAGUCCCCUCCACCCUCUCUCUCAACACUCAGUCCCCUCCACCCUCUCUCUCAACACUCAGUCCCCUCCACCCUCUCUCUCAACACUCAGUCUCUUUAUGUUGUUCAAAGGAAAAUGAUGAUGAUGCAUGUUGGGGCAGCUGUGUAUCAAUGUUUCACUGUUUUAAUAUGAGCAUAUAUCCUAAAUGUUUGCUUGGAUUUGGAAAUAUAAAUCCAUUCACCACAUUCUUUAUAAAAUACCACAAAAAUAAACAGGUUAUUUUUCUUUUGCACAUCUCA